AUGCAGGCCAACCCAGAGACACUCAGCGCCGUCUCCAAGUGCCUCGCCAACACCGUCUCUCCUGACGCCGCCGCACGUCGCGCGGCCGAGGAGCAGCUCCGGCAAGGCGAGGCGCAGGCUGGCUUCCUGCCCCUGAUCCUCCAGCUCGUUCGUUCCGAGGAGGCCGACAUGCUUGUUCGCCAGGCCGCUGGUCUGUACUUCAAGAACACUGUCAAGCGACUCUGGGAUGACGAGGAGGAGGUCCAGAUCCCCGAGGCCGACAAGGCCGCCGUCAAGUCGGAGCUCGUCCCGCUGAUGAUUGCUCUUGGAACCCCCAAGACCCAGCGCCUCCAGGCUCAGAUCGGAGAAGGUCUCUCGACAAUUGCCUCGUCGGACUUCCCUGAGAAGUGGGAGGGUCUCAUUGAUGAGCUUGUCAACAGCUUGACCCCGGACAACUUUGUUGUCAACAACGGUGUCCUUGCCACCGCCCACUCCAUCUUCAAGCGAUGGCGAUCGCAGUUCCGUUCCGACCGGCUGUUCUCGGAAAUUAACUACGUUCUUGACAGGUUCUGCAAGCCUCACUUCGAGCUCUUCAAGCAUGUCGACUCCCUCCUCGACACCCCCGCUGGCCAGCCGUUGCCGCCAAAUGCCUCCCUCCCUCUUCUCGCCCAGGCGCUCCUCCUUCUCAUUCAGAUUUUCCAUGACCUCUCGUCGCAGGAUCUGCCGCCGUUUAUCGAGGACAACAUGGGCGCUUUCAUGGGUGACGGUGACCAGCAGGGUUGGCUGCACAAGUAUCUCAGCUGGGAGCGACCGGAACUGAAGGGAGACGACGACGAUGAGGCUCCGGGGCCUUUGCAGAAGAUCCGCGCCUCGAUUUGUGAGAUUGCUGAGCUCUACGCCCAGAAGUACUCGGACGUUUUCCCGCAACUCGGCAACUUCGUCAGCGCCGUCUGGCAGAUGCUCACGACCAUCGGUCCUCAGACCCGCGACGAUGUGCACGAGGAGGAGAUGUUCGAGGAUGACCCCGCCGAGUACAUCCGUCGUGACCUGGAGCCGUCAGCUGAGAGCGACACUCGUCGUCAGGCUGCCACCGACUUCACUCAGGCGCUCAUGGCCAACUUCGAAACCGAGGUUACGAGCAUUGUCCAGGGUUACAUCACCACCUUCCUUGGCCAGUACGCCCAGAACCCGCAGGCCAACUGGAAGAGCAAAGACACGGCCAUUUAUCUCCUCACGUCUAUCGCUUCUCGUGGCUCGACGGUCCAGAACGUCUUCUCGGACCUCCAGGCCGCCCCGGGAACUGUUCACCCCAUCCUGAUUGUCGACGCCAUCAAGUACCUGUACACGUUCCGCAACCAGCUCACCAAGGAGCAGCUCAUCUCUGUCCUGCCCCUGCUUGUCCAGCACCUGACUUCCGACAACGUUGUCAUCUACUCAUAUGCCGCUAUCACUAUCGAGCGUAUCCUGUUCAUCAAGAACGACCAGCGCCAGCCUCUCUUCACGAGCGCCGACGUCAAGCCCUUCGCCGAGAACGUCCUCAUGGCCGUCUUCACUAACAUUGAGCGCGGCGGUACGCCCGAGAAGAUCGCCGAGAACGACUACCUCAUGAAGUGCGCGAUGCGUGUCAUCAUCACGGCACGCCAGGAGCUUGUCCCGUCAUACGAAGCUAUUCUCACUCGCCUUGUUAACAUCCUCGGAGAAAUCAGCAAGAACCCCUCGAACCCGCGCUUCAACCAGUACUGCUUCGAGAGUGUGUCGGCUCUGAUCCGCUUCGUGUGCGAGGCUCAGCCUUCUGCCGUCGCCAACUUUGAGAAGGCGCUCUUCGGCCCGGCCGAGGUUAUCCUUGCUCAGGACAUCCUUGCCCAGCUGCUUGAGCUGCACGCCCCGACGGACCUGCCGUCUGAGUACCAGGCGCUGCUUGCGCCACUUCUCUCCGCGAGCCUCUGGGAGCAGCGCGGCAACAUCCCGGCGCUCGCGCGGUUGUGGAAGGCGCUGCUUAUGCGCGGCCCGCAGCUCAUCGUGCAGAACGGUCAGGUCGAGGGUCUCCUGGGUAUCUUCCAGCGUCUGGUCGGAUCCAAGAUCAACGACGUCUACGCCUUCGAGCUCCUCCAGGCCAUGUACGAGUUCAUCCCCAUCCAGACCAUCUUCAUGCUCCUCCUGAACCGCCUGCAGUCCAAGCCGAGCACGCAGUUCACGCAGUCCUUCGUCUACUUCCUCGCCUACCUCGCUGCAAUCCAGAACGUCGGCGCCAACGUCGUCAUCCAGAUCCUCGAGGCGAUCCAGCCCGGCCUGUUCGGCAACCUGGUCAACGGCGUCGUGCUCCCGAACACGCAGAAGGCGCCUGUGCGCUCGCGCCGCGUGAUCGAGGUCGGCCUCACGAACCUGCUGACGUGCGAUGCGAUCUUCGCCGAGCCCAACGCCAAGCUCUGGCCCGCCACCUUCCUCGCGCUCCUCGACCUCUUCACCCUGCCGCAGGACAUCACGUAUGCAGACGAGGUCGGCGACCUCGACCCGAGCGAGGGCUUCCAGUCCUCCUUCUCCAAGCUCGGCGCGUCCGAGAAGGUCCAGCACGACCCCGUCCCGGGCAUCCCCGAGAGCCGGAAGUAUGCGUCCAAGAAGAUUGCUGAGGCCGCCAAGGCGCGUCCCGGCGUCCUGCCCCCGCUCAUCCAGCAGGCGCAGCAGCAGGAGGAGAAGACCGUCACCGACUUUGUCAACUACAUGAGCUCUAACGGAGACCAGGUUGCAUGA